AUGUCAGCUUUUCUGCCAGUGCCACAGUCCUCUGUACACCAGAACCUCGCCACUGACUGCGAGGAUGCAAUCAACAAGCAAAUCCACCUGGAGCUCAGCACCUCAUACGUGUACCUGUCCAUGAGCUACUACUUCGACAGGGGGGAUGUGGGCCUGGGGCGCUUUUCCCGCUACUUCCGGGAGCUGUUCGGAGAGGUGUUCGAGCGGGCCGAGAAGCUGAUGCAGCUGCAGAACCGGCGGGGCGCUCAGCUCUACUUCCAUGACAUCCAGAAGCCCCACAAAGAUGCCUGGGAGGGCUGCCUGAACGCCAUGGACUUUGCCUUGAUUCUGUACAAGAUCGUCAAUGACGGCCUGUGCGAUCUGUACCAGCUGGCCACCAAUAUGCAGGAUGGCUACCUGUGCUACUACCUGGAAAAUCAAGUCCUUCCUCAGCAAGACCAGUGUCUCAGGGAGCUGGAGGAGCAUGUCUCCACCCUGCAUAAGAUGGCUGUUCCGGAAGAGUACCUCUUUGACCACAAGACUGGUCUUGAUGGUGAUGGAGACAAAAAGGACUGA